UAAGAAUUUUUUUCUUUCCAUUUCUUGGUCAUGUAGAGAUUACUACCCGAAAUCUUGCAUGGGGGGAAAAAAGACGGACCAGCUUCUGAUUGGUCAAUAAUUGUGGCCUUGGGCCAAUCAGACUCCCCUUUCUCCAGGGAAAUUCCACAAUGAGACUAAACUGUAGCUUAUUCGCGGUUUUCGGGGGAAUUGGUUAGAUCCAUCAGUCUGCUCCUUAUAUUAAUGUUUGGAUAGACGGGUUACAUUUAAUUCAGAUUUAGUAAUUUAAAAAAAAAAUCUUUCCCUUUUUUACUUUUUACAAAAAAUAGGCGACUUUUUAAAAAAUCAAGUGAAUCUGACAAUCUGAAGCAGUGUGUGACAUGCUGAGAUCUCGGUAAACUGAUUAAACAACAUGGACCAGCAGCAAGUCCUGCUACUUUGUGUGGCUUUGUCAUGGAGGAUGCAAACAGGCUCCACUCAAACACAUGAAGAGGUGUGUCCUGGUACGCAGAAUGGUCUGAGCUCCUCCGGGUCUCAGGAGAAUCAAUACAACCUGAUCAAGGGCCGCUACAGCGGCUGUGAGAUCAUCAUGGGGAACCUGGAGAUCACCAAUAUUGAGAGUAACUGGGACUUCUCCUUCCUCAAGACAAUCCGUGAGGUGACCGGUUACGUCCUCAUCGCUAUGAACCAUUUUCAGGAGAUUCCAUUGGGGCGACUAAGGGUGAUCAGAGGAAACAGUCUGUAUGAAAGACGCUUUGCACUUUCGGUUUUAUUCAAUUACCCCAAAGAAGGUUCCAACGGCCUGCGACAGCUUGGACUCCUUAAUCUGACAGAGAUUCUGGAGGGUGGCGUGCAGAUUAUUAACAACAAAUACCUGAGUUAUGGCCCCUGGAUCUAUUGGCGGGAUAUAGUUCGGGACAGCAGCGCUCCUAUUGACAUCCACUAUAAUGGUGAAAGAGGUCCAUGUCACAAAUCUUGUGGUGACUACUGCUGGGGACCAAACAAGGACCAGUGUCAGAUCUUGACAAAGAUGGUGUGCGCUCCACAGUGCAAUGGACGCUGCUUUGGGAAAAGUCCUAGGGACUGCUGCCACAUAGAGUGUGCAGCAGGAUGCAAAGGCCCUCUGGAUGAGGAUUGUUUUGCUUGUCGCCAUUUCAAUGAUUCAGGAGCCUGUGUGCCUCAGUGUCCCAAGGACGUCAUUUACAACAAACAGACUUUCCAAAUGGAGACAAAUCCCAAUGCAAAGUACCAAUAUGGAUCAAUUUGCGUAUCUCAGUGUCCCACGCAUUUUGUGGUGGACGGUAGUUCCUGUGUGAGUGUCUGUCCUCCAAACAAGAAGGAGGUGGAGAGAGAGGGACAGAGGCAGUGUGAGCUUUGCAGUGGACUCUGCCCAAAAGUGUGUGAAGGCACCGGUGCUGAGCAAAGACAAACGGUGGAUUCUACCAACAUUGACAGCUUCAUUAACUGCACCAAGAUCCAAGGCAGCCUCCACUUCCUGGUUACAGGAAUUCUUGGAGAUGACUUUAAAAAUAUCCCACCAUUAGAUGCCAAAAAGUUGGAGGUUUUCCGCACCGUGAGAGAAAUAACAGAUAUUCUCAACAUCCAGUCGUGGCCUAAAGAGCUGAAGGACCUCUCAGUUUUUUCAAGCCUCAGAACUAUUCAAGGAAGGUCACUGUACAAGCGAUUCUCUCUGAUGGUGAUGCAUAUCCCCUCUCUAACAUCCCUGGGACUGCGCUCUCUCCGGUAUAUCAAUGAUGGCAGCGUGUACAUCAGUCAGAAUGCCAACCUCUGUUAUCUGCACACUGUGAACUGGACGCAGCUGUUCAGAGGCGGCAGAGUUCGAGUCAACAACCUCAACAACAACAAGCCCCUUGCAGAGUGUGUUGCAGAAGGACAUGUGUGCGAUCCUCUGUGUUCAGACGCAGGCUGCUGGGGCCCCGGUCCUGACCAGUGUGUCACCUGUAGGAACUACAGCCGCCAAGGGACAUGUGUGGGAAGCUGUAACUUUUUAUCUGGAACCACAAGGGAAUUUGCAAGAUCUGAUGGAGAAUGUGUUGCUUGUCAUCCGGAGUGCAAACCUCAGCGGGGAAAAAUCAGCUGCACAGGAGCGGGCGCAAAUGAAUGUGUGGUUUGCAAAAACCUUCAAGAUGGCCCUUUCUGCAUGUCCUCUUGUCCCUCUGGAAUAAAUGAUGGACACGGAGGACAGAUUUACAAAUACCCCAACAAAGAUGGCCAAUGUAAACCAUGUCACUUUAACUGCACACAUGGAUGCCUCGGUCCAGGAUUAAACGACUGUUUAGAGACAGCGGUAAUGUCUGUUAGUAGCGGUCAGAUCACAGGUAUAGCUUUGGCAGUUCCAGCUGGUUUGAUAUUCUGCCUCGCUUUGUUCUUCCUGGGAGUGCUGUACCACAGAGGCCUCGCCAUCCGCCGCAAAAGAGCCAUGAGACGAUACCUGGAGAGUGGAGAGAGCUUUGAGCCUCUGGGUCCUGGAGAAAAAGGCACUAAAGUUCAUGCUCGUAUUCUGAGGCCGUCAGAGCUGAAAAAGAUCAAGCUCCUUGGUUACGGUGUUUUCGGUACUGUGCACAAGGGCUUUUGGACACCAGAGGGAGAGACGGUCAAGAUCCCUGUAGCAAUAAAGACAAUCCAGGAUGGUUCCGGUCGACAAACCUUCACUGAGAUCACUGAUCAUAUGCUGUCCAUAGGCAGUCUGGACCACCCCUACAUUGUAAGGCUGCUGGGAAUCUGCCCUGGUUCUGGUCUCCAACUGGUGACCCAGCUCAGUCCCCGUGGCUCCUUACUGGAGCACAUCAGACAGCACAGGAACAGCCUGGACCCUCAGCGCCUGCUCAACUGGUGCGUUCAGAUAGCUAAGGGUAUGUUCUACCUUGAGGAACACUGCAUGGUCCACAGGAAUCUGGCUGCCCGCAACAUUCUGCUGAAGAAUGACUAUCAGGUCCAGAUCUCGGACUACGGUGUUGCAGAUCUCCUUUACCCGGAUGACAAGAAAUAUGUCUACACAGACACAAAGACACCAAUAAAGUGGAUGGCACUUGAGAGCAUCCUGUUUCGAAGAUACACUCAUCAGAGUGAUGUUUGGAGUUACGGAGUGACAGUGUGGGAGAUGAUGUCAUACGGGGCGGAGCCAUACAUGUCUGUGCAGCCUCAAGAAGUGCCGAGCCUCCUGGAGAAAGGCGAGCGACUGUCCCAGCCUCACAUCUGCACCAUUGAUGUCUACAUGGUCAUGGUUAAAUGCUGGAUGAUUGAUGAGAACGUGAGGCCAACCUUUAAAGAGCUAGCGAGUGAUUUUACUCGAAUGGCAAGAGAUCCACACAGAUAUCUUGUCAUCAAGGAGGGAGAAGACACUCCACCUGGAGAGAUCCAUCGAAGAGAGUCAGAACGAGGGCUUCUGGAUGCAGAUUUGGAAGAUCCGGAUGACGAUGGACUGGAUGACGGCUUGACUACACCCCCUCUUCAGCAUUCUCCAUCGUGGAGUCUCUCUCGCUCAAGGAUAAAUUCCUGCAGGAGUGGCGCAUCUCAAGCUGGGCCAACUGGAUACCUUCCAAUGACCCCAAGUCCAAUAGACAGCAUUCGCCAGCUGUGGUCUCACAGGUCUCGUCUUAGUUCCGUACGAACGCUGCCUGAGAGGUCAGGGGUCAGAGGUAAUGGCAGGGAGCCGGAAGGCUUACGGACUGAGAGCUUUCAACGGAAAAGGCUUGGCUCAGAGAGGAGCAGUCCUCAUGUGGGCGUAAGUCAUCACAGGAAGCUUUCCACAGCUUCAAGUCCGUCCUCUUACAAGGGCUGGACGGCAGAGGAAGAUGAGGAGGAGUUGGACCACUAUGGCUAUGUUCUGCCUGGGUCACCUGGAACACCAGAACGAGUGUCCAGAAUAAUUCGUUCUGGGAAAAGAAACUCAAAGAAGAAAAAUAAUCUGCUUCUCCCAGCAGUAAAGCCCUCUCAGGAAUAUGAACUGAUGAGCACCGAAUCUGGUGAUCCUCCAUCUUCAUCCGGCAGCAUCUCGUUACACGAUGACACUACAGAUCCACUUCAUCAAAGAGUCAUUCCUCCUACAUCUUCAAUCGUGAUGGAGUCACAAAAUGAAGCUCUACUCUUAGGUGCAAAAGCUAAUCAAGUCCAUGAGGCUUGUGAAGGAGCUGUAGCAAAGCAAAUAGACACAAUGGAGGAGGAACAUCUUAAUUACAUAAGGGAGAUCAAAUCAGAAGAUCAUAAAACUGAGGUGUGCCGAGGGAUUUGUAAGUAUGAAUAUAUGGAUAUAAGGCACUCUGACUCUUCAGAAGGAGGUGAUAUAGAAUUGGAGAGAGGUGGUAAUAAAACAGCUUUGACGAAUAGAUUAGAAACAAACCAAACAGCGGAGAGUUUAGUCAAAGAAGACAUUGAAAAACAAGCCGCAGUUCAGGAGGAGCUGAGCUGUAGGGUUGUGUCUGGGACAGAUGUGCUGCCAGCUGUAGAAAGUAAGGUAGAGGAGUAUGAAGAGAUGAGUGGAUCUGGAGAAGAGCCUGGCGAGUGGGGUCUCCCAGAAUAUGAGAACCUCCCACCAAAGGCGAGGGCUGUUCCUGGGGAGGAGAGUGACAGGUGUGCAGGGAUCGGGGAAUACAUCAAGGUGUGUGCGGGCAUUGGGGAGCCCGGCAGCAACACUUCCUUUGACAACCCAGACUACUGGCACAGCAGGCUGUUCCUCAAACCAGAUGCUGUACGCACAUAAUGAGUUGGACUGGGACAGAAAAAACAGGAACAGAUCCAAGAUUCUGUGAGAUUUGGUCAUUUUCGAUUAAAGGAAAACAAAAAAGAACAUAUUUUUUUUUACUUCACAUGUUUUUAACCUAAUAUGAGUCAGUAAAACAAAGACGUUACAGAGUGUUUACAGGUUUAUUCUUUUAGUAAAGGGCAUUUAAAAUUUAUUUUUUAUUUUGCUGUUUCAUUUUUUUAUGUUUUUUAUUAUUUGUUGUUUUUUUUCUUACGACUGAUCCUGUCAGAAAACAGCCUUUGUACUUCAUAUUUUCGUUGUUGU